UCCAGCCUUGGCUAUUUGGUUCUACGCUGUUUUUUGGUGAAAGGCACCGGGAGCCUGACGUCUGGCACUGAGCUGUGGUUUAAUGGUCCUCUCACAUCUGAAAGAGUUAAGACAAUGGAUACAUCUGAGGGGUUGGUGUCAUUUGAGGAUGUGUCUGUGGAUUUCACCUGGGAUGAAUGGCAGGACCUGGAUGACACUCAGAGGAAGCUCUACAGGGACGUGAUGCUGGAGACCUACAGCAGCCUGCUGUCCUUGAAUCAGUGUGAUCCCAAACCUGAGUUGAUCCUGAAGUUGGAGAAAGAAGCUGGGCCAUGGAAGGAAGAUGCUGCUGCAGACCAGAGCCUCCCAGAUAUGCAGAAUGUGGAUGACCGGAAUGAGGUCAGCCAAGGCAGACAAAAGAUACACAGAUGCAAUCUGGUCAUUGCCAAGAGCAGCGCAUCAACUGAGAGGGCUACAACAGGAAAAGCAUUGAGUAGCUCACACUGCAUUUUAGAUCUGGCUGUAAAGAAGGGCACAGCUUCUGGAACAAGCCCUGGGGCACUUAAUAUGGGGGACAGUGUGCUUCUCCCUAGGGAGCCCAGAGAGAUGCAGGCUAGAGAGGAACUUGAGCUUCCUGAUGUAACCAAGGUGUCCCCCAGACGUCCUGAGCCUUUUAGUCUAUAUCCCAGGACUGAAUGUGAAGAACAGCGUUUUCAGUACUGGGGGCCCAUUGACGCUUUCCACAUGAAGCCAGUGUGGUUACAAAGAACAUUCCCUAUGAGAGAUCCCUCCAGUAAGUUGAGGGAUUACAGGAAAGAGUUAGAAAAGUUAGCUCUUCCUGCCAAAGGGGAAGCUCGGGCACAGGUGCAAACUUCUGAAUGCAAAGUGUGUGGGAAGUUAUUCUAUAAAAAUUCUCAUCUCACGCAGCAUUUAAAAAUGCACAAAGAAAAGAGAUGUUACAAAGGUAGUAAUUGUGAGCCAGUACUCAAUAUACAACCCAAACUCCCAAAACAUCAGAGCUUGGGCGUGGGAGGAGAGCCUUACACAUGUAUUGAUGGUGAAAAAUACAUUCAUCCAGAGUCAGAAAAAAGUGUUCAGAAAAUCAUAGGUGAUGGAAGGAUUGUAUAUGGAAAGACCAUGUGCUCAAAAUUAAGUGGCAGCAUUCAGCAGAACCCUCACAAGGUUGAGAAAUCUCAUGAGUACAGUAUAUCUGGAAAAACAAUUAGUAAGUCAGACCUCCAUCAGCUGGAGACACCUCUCAGAUACGAGAGUGUGUGUGAAUGUAGUGCAUGUGGUAAAGCCUUUAGUCAUACAGCACACGCCUACUCACACCCGGGAGCUCACUCGACUGAGAAGCCCUAUGAGUGUGAAGACUGUCAGCAGUCGAAGCUCGUGGUGAGCCAGCCAGCUCACACGCAGGAGAAACGCUAUGUGUGUAAUGUGUGUGGAAAAGCCUUUUACAAGCGAGCCCACCUACACGCACAUCAGAGGACUCACACAGGUGAGAAGCCAUAUGAAUGCAAAGAAUGUGGGAAAUCUUUUAGACUGAAGUCAUUUCUUGUUGUCCAUCAGAGGAUUCACACGGGUGAGAAACCCUUUGCAUGUGAUACAUGUGGGAAGAGCUUCAAGCAGAGGACGAGUCUCUACACGCACAUAAGAAUCCACACGGGGGAGAAGCCCUACGAGUGUAAAGAGUGUAGGAAGUCAUUCAUUCUCAAGUCCUACCUCACUGUGCAUCAGAGAACGCACUCGGGCGAGAAGCCCUAUGAGUGUGACGUAUGUGGGAAAUCCUUUAAGCAAAAUUCCCACCUUCAUGCACACAAGAGAACUCACACAAGCGACAAACCCUAUGAGUGUAUCGUAUGUGGCAAAAGUUACAAGCAAAGCCCAAGCCUCUACACACAUAAGAAAAUCCAUACCAGUGAGAAACCCUAUGAGUGUAAACAGUGUAGAAAGUCAUUUAGUUUGAAAUUCCACCUCACUAGGCAUCAGAGAACUCACUCCGGUGAGAAACACUGCUCUGAGAUUGAAAGCCGGACGGCUCCCGCGAACUUCCGGUCUAUUUCCGGCGUCGCCAUCUUGCUUCCGGUUUCCGAGGGGGUUGGAUUGUGGCCUCAGUCCUGCGCCAGCCUGUCUGGACAGUCAGACACCUGCCUUCUGGGGUUGGUGUCAUUUGAAGAUGUGUCUGUGGACUUCACCUGGGAUGAAUGGCAGGACCUGGAUGACACUCAGAGGAAGCUCUACAGGGACGUGAUGCUGGAGACCUACAGCAGCCUGCUGUCCUUGAAUCAAUGUGACACCAAACCUGAGUUGAUCCUGAAGUUGGAGCAAGGAGCUGAGCCAUGGAAGGAAGCCGGUGCCCCAGACCAGAGACUCCGAGCUCUGCAACCUGUGAAGAGCCUGAAGGAGACCAGAUGGGACAAUCGAAAGAGACAUUUGAGCCACCUGGUAAUCACUGGCAAUGCAUCAGCUGAGGAGAGGGGCAGAUUUGGGAAAAUAUUUAAUAUGAAUUCAAACCAUGUUUUGCACCUGGCUGUUAAGAACAGAAGCUCUUCUAGAAUGAGGUCUGAGGUGCUUGAUACAUGGGAAACUGUGUAUCUCCCUGGUGGGCCCAUUGAGUUGCAGGCUUCAGAGGAACUUGAUCAUCUUAAUUCAACUAAGAUUCCAAGCACACCUCCUGCGCCUCUUUGUCUGGAUCUCAGUGUUGAAAGUGGGAAACAGCGUGUCCAGUGUGCUCAACAUGAUGAAGCCUUUGAUGUGAACACUGUAUGGACGCAUACAGUGUUUUCUUUGGGAGACAGCUCGAGGAACGCUGUUGAUCAAUUGACUCUUAGUGCCCGAGAGGGGACUCACAUAAGGGAAGAAACUUUUGAUUGUAACAUGUGUAAGAAGUCAUUCUCUGACAAGUGUAACCAUACUCAGCAUUUAAAACCACGCCUAAAAAACCAGUGUGGUAAGUGUACUGACCAUGAGCCAGCAUCCCGUACAAAAAAAGCAGGCCUUCAGCACACGCUGCACGCGUGGGGAAAACCCCGUGGGUGUGGUGACAACGAUGAGAAAUGUGUGCAUCAGAUGCCGAAACUAAGGGCUGAUAAGAGUGUCUUCUUAAGUAAAGAGAGUAAUUGUGUGAAACCAUUUUGCCCAGACUCAACUUUCAGUGUGCAGCAGAGACCACACACAGGUAAAAAGCCCCAUGAGUCCAAUAUAUCUAUAAAAAUCAACAACCAGCCUCGUAGACGUCACAGAUGUGGGAGAACCUAUCAGUGUAAAGUAUGUGGGAAAGCCUUUAAACACACACAAAAUCUCUAUUUACACCACAGAACUCACACUGGGGAGAAGCCCUAUGAGUGUAAAGAUUGUAAGAAACUAUUCAGUGUAAAGUCAAAUCUCAGUGUACAUCAGAAAACCCACACAGGGGAAAAACCCUAUGAGUGUAAUGUAUGUGGAAACGCCUUUAAAAGGAGGUGUGACCUGACUAUCCACCAGAGAGUCCACACAGGCGAGAAGCCCUACGAAUGUAAAGAGUGCAGGAAAACGUUCAGUAUAAAGUCAGGGCUCAUUGUCCAUCAGAGAAUUCACACGGGUGAGAAACCAUACGCGUGCAGUGUCUGUGGGAAACGUUUUAACCAGAAGUCAAAUCUCUCCACACAUGAAAAGAUUCACACAGGUGAGAAGCCCUUUGAAUGCAAAAAAUGUAGCAAAUCAUUUAGUGUCAAGUCCUAUCUCACUAUCCAUCAAAAAACUCACUUGUGUGAGAAAGCUCACUCGUGAAAUCUGGGAAAGCCUUCUGUGAGGAGACAAACCUCCACAGACAUCCUCGUGCGGACACAGGUCCUGUGAACACAGAGAUUGUAGAAAAAAGGUAAGCCAUUUAUCCUCUCCCCAUGUACCACAGAGAGGUGAGAAGUGAUGAUCCCUGUGCACGGAAAGGUUGCAGAGACUCUGUGCAUCAUAAGUUAGAUCUCAUCAUUAAUUAGUGAACUCAAAACCCGAGGAAACCUACCAGUGUGGGAUAUGUUCAGAAGACUUGUGCCAGAUGUCAGACUUUAGCUACUGGGGAAACCCUGCAGGUGAGAGCCCCUCGGACUGUAAGGCCUGGAGCAGUCAGUCUUCAGUAAGACUGGAGAAUCUGUGCUGAUAGAAACCCUGAGCGUAGCUGUGUGGAGAGCCCUUUAGUCAGAAGUCUUAUCUCUGAGAAUCUUUUGGGUUCCCACAGAUGAGAUGUUCUGUGAAUGUAAAGAAUGUAGCAAAGUAUGUCAGACAUUUGUCUUCUCUCCAUGUGUGUCACAGAGGUUCUUGUCAGUGUAGUCUACAGAACGGUCACUGCCACAUGCCAAACCGAGAUACACAUCAGAGAAGUCUAACCACUGAGAGGUCUUAUGAGUGGAAGGACUAGGAAACAUUUCCACCAAAUCUCGUAGCAGGAUCCUCAAGUAGAAAGCUCUGCAGAUAGAAAAGAGAGGAAGUCCCAACAGCAGAUAAACACUGCAAAUCACACAUAGCUGAAUAGUGUACAGUGCAGUGUAUGUGGAGAAACCUUGUCCGAGACGUCGGAUCUCAGCAGCCCUUAGGUGAGGAACCCUUCAGCAGAAAGGCAUCCUUUACUGCACACCAAAGAAGGCACAUGGGAUAAGCCAUAGCAAUUCAGUGUGUGUGUGAGAACUUGGUUCUGUGAGACAAAGACAUCUGCCCCCACUAGAGAACCACACAAACACAAAACCCUGUGAAUAUAAAAACUGAACCAAAAAUGAACAAAAAUCCUGUGAAUUUAAAGAAUGUAGAAAAUCUUUCAUAUUUUUGGGUUGUGUGUAAGAACUCAUAUAGGUAACUGCACACAGUAAGUAUAACAUAAACAGCUGUGUGUGCAUCAGAAAACCCCCACUCCUGAGAAACCACAGAGUGUG